AUGACUAAAUUCAUUGUCGGGCCUUCAGACAAUACGCUUGUAGAGUCCGCAUCUACAGCCGCGUCCUCUCGGCCCUCGACUCCAAGAAGCAGCAUUUCAAUCAGUCUUUCUGCUGCUCCUUCGCCUGAUACACCUUUGAUUGUCAACCCCCCAUACGACGAUGUCUCCGACAGCGAGUCAUCACGGUUGACUACGCCUGCUGCAUCUUCGAUGACUUCUCUCAGCUCCGCGAGCUCUCUGGCAUGUCGGAUCCUGGACAUGGCCGAUGUCUCGGCCGCCAUUGCAAAUGUAGCCCGCGAGUCCGAGCCCGACAGAAGAUCACCCUCCCUGCUCGAGCCUGAGCCAUCCAUCGAGCACAGUCCUGCGGCUCGUCCACGCUCUGCCAGGAGAUCGCGGGCCGUGCAGGGCGCUCUGAGCGAUGCGAAGACGGCCAUGGAGAACCUGCGUGACGUUCUAGCGAGCGAUAGUCUGCACUUGGACUCGGACUCCACCAUCGGACGGCUUCACAAACGGACCGAGGCACUGGCCUGCUUCGAGUGUCUGUCCAGCCGCACCGUCGGCUUUGUCGGUGCCUCGGGAGUCGGAAAGAGCAGCCUCCUCAACGCCCUCCUGGACACGCGAGGACUGGCUAGGGCAAAUGGUAAUGGUGACGCCUGCACUUCUGUCGUCACCGAAUACCAUUACCAUGACCGGAAUGACUUUGUCCUUGACGUGGAGAUGUUCGCCAUGGAUGAGGUCGUCGAGCAGAUAGGAGACUUGCUGAAGUCUCUCCGGCAGUAUCACAAUUGUCUCCGUACCCACUAUAAAUUUACCGACAAGGACGAGCAGGAAGACAUUGAGAGCAGGGCCAAGAUUGCCUCCGACACCUUCCAGGCCAUGUUUCGCAGCCGGAUGGAAGACGAGCAGUACCUCUUGGACGGGUCUGAAGAAAGCAUACUGGCAACUUUGUGUGCCUGGACGGACGACUUGAUGCCAAGACAUAUUGGUGGGAGACAGACGCUGGACAGCCUGGCAGCAUGUUCCAGGGUUCUGAUGCAAUUGACGUCUGAGACGAAUGCAGAGCCGCAGCCGGCGGUAUGGCCGUAUAUACGAAAGAUCAAAGUAUUCCUGAACGCCCAUAUCCUGAGCAAAGGACUUGUGCUUGUCGACCUCCCAGGUUUGCGCGACGUCAACCUGGCCCGACAGGUCAUCACCGAGCUCUACCUCCGGGAGUGUGACGAUAUCUUUGCAGUCACCUGCACUAACCGAGCAGCAGCUGAUGCCGGGGUUAAGGACGUGUUUGAGCUCGGACAGAAGGCCGGACUGUCAAAUAUUGGCAUUAUCUGUACUAAGUCUGAUGAGGUCGAAGCGGCAGAAGCCACCGACAGGACGACCCAGCAACUCCAGAGAGCGGUCGAAGGCAGCCAGAAAAAUGCCAACGCCAUUGAGUAUGACAUCCGUGAGCUAGAGCAGCUACAGAGAGAAGAUGACCUGCUUCCGGAAGAGGAAAAAGAGCUGGCGGAUUUGUUGCGGCGGUCUAGAAAUAUCAGAACGGUGCUGGAGAGCCAAAAGAUAGAGCUCAAGAUACAUCUGGUCAACACGCUGACGGCUGGCAUCGACACGAAGCUUUGGGGCCUCUACAGCCGCUUUGUGCCCGGCGGUCAUCGGCUGCAAGUGUUCUGUGUCAGCAGCAAGGACUACUGGGAGAUUCGCGCGCAGCCAAAGACUGAUGUUGUCGUGCGCCUGCUGAACGUGAGCGGAAUCCCGGCCGUUCGAAAGCACUGUUUGGCCAUGGUUGCCGAUAGCAACCUCCGCAUAGCCGCCAAAUUUGUCCGUGACGACAUCCCAGCCCUCCUCGGUGACAUCGGCCUCUGGGUCCAGUCCGGUGCCGGCUGUCUGGUCGCCGAGCAGAAAACGGCCAUCCGCGAUGCCCUAGACGCGCUCGAGCGUCGGCUGAAGACGGAAGCUAUUGAAGGCAUGACCAUUGAUUUGCGUCCGCGGUGGGCAGCACUGCGUCUCGAUUCUGUCGUCAGACAACAAAAGCAUAUCUCAGCCCAUUUAAAGGACACCCUGGGACAAGAAGUCGAACAUCUCGAAAUUGAGGGCCGCUGCGAGGAGUUUGAGGAUGACCUCUCAUCGCUCGAGACAGACGCUCUUACUGGCAUCCGGUCGUCACUGAUUGGGAAAGCCAUGGAGGAGGUUUAUCGGGCUUCCGCAAAUACCUCUGGAAGAGGAAGCCAUCGUGUGCGAGUCGAUAUCAUCAACGGCACCAUAACACAGCAGUCCACGUUUGACAAGCUGCUAAGGGACUUUAAGAAGUGUUUCAACGACUUGGCAGAUGGUCUGCAAAGGGACGCUAGUGAAAUGGCCAUGGCACACCUGGGGAGUAUCACCGAGACGCUCAACAUUGUCCGUAGCGAGAACAUCAUAACGGAGAGCGAGCAGAACCCCGAGUUUCGGCUAAAUGUAGACGCGGGGGUCGGAGCUGCGACUGAUGCCGUACAGCGUAUCCAAAGGGUUGUAGCAUAG